AUGGUUUUCUCCACCAAGGAAGUUUUCCGAGAGCCGAAUGAGAGCCUUUCCCCGCCCUCUUUUUGCCCAAGGGCUAUAAAGGCAGCUGCCUGCACAGCCAGCCAGCAGAAGCACCCUCAGCGAGGACACUGGGAGGGAGAGCAGCCACCCAGCCAGCCCCUGCAAGUAGCUCCCAGCCAAGCGAGCAGCCAGCCGGACAGCUUCUGUCCCUCGAGUACACUGGCCCGAGGCGUCGCAUCUUCCUCUGGAAAGGCCGCCAUGAGCAGAGAGAGCAUGAUCAGCGACAUCGAGCUGGCGGAGGAGGCGCUCCCCCAGAAGUCGGCGGGCGCCCAGGGCUCCAGGCGCUGCCUGUGCCUCAGCCUCUUCUCUUUCCUGCUCGUGGCGGGGGCCACCACGCUCUUCUGUCUCCUGAACUUCGGGGUGAUUGGCCCCCAAAGGGAAGAGAAGUUCCCAAACGGCCUCCCCAUCAUCAGCUCCAUGGCCCAGACCCUCACACUCAGGUCCUCUUCUCAGAACGCCAGCGACAAGCCUGUGGCCCAUGUCGUAGCCAACCACCAAGUGGAGGAGCAGCUGGAGUGGCUGAGCCGGCGUGCCAACGCCCUCCUGGCCAACGGCAUGGAGCUCAGGGACAACCAGCUGGUGGUGCCAUCGGACGGGCUGUACCUCGUGUACUCCCAGGCCCUCUUCAAGGGGCAAGGCUGCCCCCACCUCGUGCUCCUCACGCACACCGUCAGCCGCUUCGCUGUCUCCUACCAGGACAAGGUCAGCCUCCUGUCUGCCAUCAAGAGCCCCUGCCCCAGGGACGCACCCGAGGGGGCCGAGCCCGAGCCCUGGUACGAGCCCAUCUACCUGGGCGGGGUCUUCCAGCUGGAGAAGGGAGACCGACUCAGCGCCGAGGUCAACCUGCCCCAGUACUUAGACUUCGCCGAACCCGGGCAGGUCUACUUUGGAGUCAUCGCUCUGUGAAGCGAACGGGCGGGCGUCCGUCUGUCCGUUCCCUACCCAGCCCCCACUUGGACUCUUUCAUUGUCUGCUCCUCAGAGCCCCAAUCCAUCUCCCUCAAACUUAGAAAGGGAACUAGGGCUCUGAGCUCAGAACUUUGACGGCUGUAGCACUCAGAAACACGCGAUGCAGGGAUGGUGGCCUGGACUGUGGGGUUCUCACGAACCACCAUCAAGGAUGCAAACGGGCCUUCAGAAUUCAGUGUCGCCUCAAAGCCCACUUCCUGGGCUCUGCAAAGGGGCGGGGGGGGGAGGUUGGGCUGCCUCUGGCUCAGAAUGCUUCUGGGGAAGGUCUCAGGGCUUCCUGUCUCCAGUUUCCAGGCUCUUCCCGAGUCGUGGUGCCCAGCCCUCCUCACAGAGCCAGCCCCUCUAUUUAUAAUUGCACUUCUGAUAAUUUAUUUAUUAUUAUUUAUUUAUUUAUUUGCUUAUGGAUGUAUUUAUGUGAAGGGCCGGGUGUCCUGGAGGACCCAGUGUUGGGAGCUGUCCCAGACAGUCGUGUUUUCUGUGAAAACAGAGCUGGACUAUCAGCUCCUCCCACCCGGCCUCCCCGGCUCACCGCCUUCCUUUUGCUUAUGUUUAAAACAAACUAUUUAUGUAACCCAGUUGUCUUAAUGCUGAUUUGGUGACCAGGCUGUCACCACAUCACCGAACCUCUGCUCCCCACGGGAGUCGUGACUGUAACUACCCUACGGGUGUGCGCAAAAAUAAAGAUUGCUUGAAAAA